ACAAGGAACUUUCAGUGGGUGGAAUAAUACAGUGAGUCAACUUUGAAGUUUCAAUUUAGGCGGCUAAGUCAAGUGACUCAAGUUAGUUCCACCAUUUUUUCAAUCUGUUGGUUACAUUCAUUGAGCCUCUUCAACAUUUUUUUAUGAAAAUUGAGCCUUGUUAUCACUAAAAAUCCAUGGAUAUAGCGACUCUUAUAAUCAGAACAAUUGGUAGCUCAAUCAAUUCCAUUGCCACAAAGGUAAGCUAUGUUGUGAACUUGGAUCGAAGGGUCAAUUCCCUUGCAUAUGAACUGAGGAGACUGAAGGAUGCAAGGGAUGACUUGCGGCUACGGAUUGAUCGAGAAGAGUUAGCCGGAUUAACAUGCACAAACCAAGUCAAAGGAUGGCUAGAAAGAGUAGGAGCAGUUGAAGCUGAAGUGAAUGUGAUCACAGAAGACAUUGGACAGCGAAGUCAACGGUUCUGUUGCUGCAAUGCCGAUUGUUCAUCAAGAUAUAAGCUGAGCAAGAAAGUUUCACAAAAGCUUCGAGACAUAAUUCAACUCACGAGAGAAGGGAGUUUGGAUGUUGUGGCUGAUCGAUUGCUUCCUGUGGCUGUUGAGGAGAUGCCUAGUAGGCCUGCUAUUGGCCUUGAUGUGAUGCUUGAGAAGGUGCGGCGAUUUCUUAGUGAGGAUGAUGUUGGAAUCAUUGGAAUUUAUGGUAUGGGUGGUGUUGGGAAGACAACACUAUUGAAGAACAUAAACAAUGAGUUUCUAACAUCAACCCAUGAUUUCAAUGUGGUGAUUUGGGUUUUGGUGUCUAGAGAUUUUGUUCAUGAGAAGAUCCAAGAAGCCAUUUGGGUGAGAUUGGGCUUGUCUUGGGACGAAAAUGAGCGCCAAGAACAGAGAGCUUCAAAAAUAUAUAAGGUCAUGAGAAGGAAGAGAUUUCUGCUACUGUUAGAUGAUGUCUGGAAAGGAAUAGAUCUUGAGGAAAUCGGAAUUCCCCUUCCCAACAAGCAAAACAAGUGCAAGGUGGUGUUCACGACGCGUUCUAUGGAUGUGUGUAGUGACAUGGAUGCUCACUGCAAGCUCAAGGUUGAAUUCCUUAAAGAGAAGGAAUCGUGGCAACUCUUUGGUGAGAAGAUUGGUAGAAGUGAGAUUUUGCACUUGCCAUUCAUAAGGCCUCACGCUGAGACCAUCAUCAGAAAAUGUGGAGGUCUACCCCUUGCUCUAAUCACUAUUGGAAGGGCUAUGGCCAACAAAGAGACUAAAGAGGAGUGGAAGUAUGCAAUAGAAGUACUCAACAACUCUCCAUCAGAACUUAGAGGUAUGGAAGAUAUUUUUACAUUGUUGAAAUUCAGUUAUGACAAUUUGGACAAUGAUAUCUUAAGAUUGUGCUUGCUGUAUUGUUCUCUAUACCCUGAAGACUAUCCUAUUGAGAAAGAAAAGCUUAUAGAGUAUUGGAUUGGUGAAGGGUUGUUAGAUAGUUCCGGUGAUGGUAAUGACCAUAAUAUGGGAUAUGCUCUCAUUGGAUCUCUGAAAAUUGCAUGCUUCUUGGAAACUGGUGAAGAAGAAACACAAGUAAAGAUGCAUGAUGUGGUCCGAAGUUUUGCCCUAUGGAUAGCAUCAGAAUGUGGAAAGAAUGAGAAGAAGAUUUUGAUACAGGCGAGUGCAGGACUAACUGAAGCACCCCGUGUUGAACACUGGGAACGAGCACAGAGAGUCUCAUUAUUGGAUAAUGGGAUCACUGAACUAUCAGAAAUACCUGUUUGUCCCAAUUUAUCGACCUUGCUGCUCCAAUGGAACAGCAGUUUGAACAAAAUAUCAAAUGGGUUUUUUCAAUUUAUGCCUACUCUUAGAGUUUUAGAUUUGUCAUUCACCAGUCUACGAGAGAUCCCAGCAAGUAUCUGUAAACUAGUCAACCUGCAUCAUCUUGAUUUUUCAGGGACAAAGUUAAGUUCAUUGCCAAAAGAGCUAGGAGGUCUGGCAAAUUUAAGGCAUUUGGAUCUACAACGCACACAUUAUCUUGGAAUGGUUCCAUGUGAGGCGAUAUCUGGACUCUCUCAGUUGAGGGUCUUGAAUCUCUAUUACAGUUAUGGAGGUUGGGAAGUGCAAGAUUGUGAAGAUAAGAAUGAACUUAGGUUUGCAGACUUGGAAUGCUUGAAAUACCUUGCCAAUCUAGGGAUCACAAUUUCCGAAUUAACUGCUCUGAAGAGGCUCUCUGGUUUCAACACUCUACUGAAAUGUAUACAGUAUUUAUACAUCAAGGAGUGUGAAGGCUUACCCUAUUUGCAAUUAUCAUCAAUUCCUGGUGAUGGUGAGAAGCUAAGAAGGCUUAGCAUUAACAACUGUUGUGACUUGAAGUGCUUGGGAAUUGGUGAGGGGGCUGGGAGAAAAUGGCUGCCUAGCCUAGAGGUUCUCGCGUUACAUGGGCUUCCCAACUUGAUUACGGUGUGGAAGAAUCCAGUGACUAGAGGGUGCCUUCAAAAUCUUCGCUCUAUAAGCAUUUGGUAUUGUGACAAGUUGAAGAAUGUUUCCUGGAUUUCAAGACUUCCAAAGCUCGAAAUGGUUUACUUGUUUUACUGCAAUGAAAUGGAAGAAGUGAUAAGUGGGGAUGAAGUGGUAGAGGAAGACACUGUGGCAUUUCCAAACCUCAAAACCAUGUCAAUCCGAGACUUGCCAGAAUUAAGGAGUAUCUCCCAAAAGGCGAUGGCUUUUCCUUCCUUGCAGCGAAUUGCUGUGAUUGAUUGUCCAAAGUUGACGAAGCUGCCACUGAAAGCUUCUAAUGCCCCAACACAACCGACAGUGUAUGGCAGCAAGGAAUGGUGGGAUACAUUGGACUGGGAUGACACGUCGCUGCAAACUUUUCCCCACUUCAUGGCAACCUGAUGAGCAUGUACCUGGAAUUCUAGGUGCCGUUUGAGGCAAAACGAAGCCCACGACGAGCUCUACGCAUCCAUACGAACAAUUCCAGAUUUGGUGCCCUUCUUGGAGUUCGAAAUUCAAGACCCAUUUUAAGGGUUUUGUGCAAUCUUGAGGUCAUGGCAAAGAAACGGCGGAUGACAAUCCUCCGCAAACUUGAAAGUUGUUAGAAGGUUGUUUGCUAUUUUGUAUUUUGACCAUUCUAUGUAUAUUCAUAGUUGUAGAAAUGUAACUAAGUUUGUAGUCAUGGCCUUGUAAUUUAAGAACGAACUUAUCUUUUGUUUAAUGUAAAUGAAACUAAUGGAUCAUGGUAUAUAUUUCCAUGUAAUUGUAUCAUGUAACGUUGUAAGACAUGGACUUUAGAUCUUAACCAUGUAUUUUGGGACUGUAAUUAUGAUAAUUUGGAUUAAUUGGUGUGUGCAUGUUCUACCAUGAGAAGAACUAUGUUGAGGUGUAAUGACUGGGAUGCUGGAGUAUAUUUUUUUGUUUUGUGUAUUGGGACAGGUUGUUGAAGGACCACUUUUAGGGGAGGUCAUGCCGAAAUUUUUGUAUAAAUGGUUUUAGUUUAGGGUCGUUACAAAUUUGGUAUCAGAGCGAUGGUUCGAUUACCAUUAGGACGACGGGUAGAGGCUUGCCUAGGGUUGUCUGGGAAGUCAUUUGCAUUGUUAUUUCCUUGUUUGGAAAAGUGUUUUGCUAUGUGAAAAAACAUGUUUAACUGCUUACUUGCUUACGUGCUUAUGUGUUUAUAUGCUUACAUUAAUGUGUUCAUUGCAUAGUAUUACAUGCUAAAUGUUUGUACAGUAUGUUUUUGCAUUGGGUUGUUCACGGUUGGACGGAUGUGACAGAGGAUCAUUUGAAGAUCAUCCUAGCUACUUAUAAUUUUGCUAAGGAUGCUAAAUUAUGGUGGAAGUCGGUUACGAGUCGAUACAAGAUAGAAGAGAUGAGUUGGGUCAAGUUCAAGGAAUUGUUUUAUGAAAAGUACUUUCCGCUUUCCAAAAGAUAGGAGUUACAAGACCAGUUUCAUAACCUUAUCCAAGGGAGCAUGUCAGUGGCAGAAUAUGAAAACAAGUUCACUUCACUUUCUCGCUUUGCUCCAGAAAUGGUGAGAGAUGAAGUUAACAAGACUCGGAAGUUUGUUUCUGGUCUUAAUGAUUGGAUGAGGCCGUUGAUCAUAGCACAGUUCAUUAAGGUUUACUCUGAAGCAGUGGAAAGGGCUUUAAUGCUGAAGGCUGAUAAUAAAGAGAAGGAUGCAAGAAGAGAGCAGUUGAAGCAAAAGAGGGGUGCAGGGCCAUCUUCAGAAGGAUCUUCUUGGAAAAGGAACAGGGGCGGUCCAUCUCAGUUUCAGGGACAGCAGUCUGUACGAUCUGCUCCUACCACUCCGUUGCCAGCUGGGUCUAAUAGAAGUGCAGUUGUUUACUUUCAAUGUCAGCAGCCUGGGCAUUACAAGUCCAGUUGUCCCAUGAGAUUGACUUCAGUUUCUUCAGUUCCGAAGGCUUGUUAUGGGUGUGGCCAGCAGGGCCAUUUGAUUCGGGACUGUCCGAGUCAGGGAGCAGGCACCACUAGUGGCAGAGGGUCACGGCAGAGGCCGUUACAGUCGGCUAUGGUUCAAUCAAGUUUCAGACCACCGCCGCCACCACCACAGCCUGCCUUGUCUUCUCAGGGUUCACGACCAGCUAGGAGGGAUACUCCUACUAUGUCGGCACAACAGUCUGGUGUUCAGAUUAGUAGUUUACAGGCACAGACACCGCAGGGGCGUGUCUUUGCCUUUGCACCGACUGAUGCAUCUCCUGGAUCUUUAAUUCUCCGAGGUAUAUUUCCAGUGUUUGGUUCUUGGGCCUGUGUUUUGUUUGAUUCUGGUGCAUCUCAUUCUUUCAUUUCAUCAUCAUUUGCACUUGCAUCGGGGUUAGAGGUCAGUUUUAUGGAUCGGGCGUUGUGUGUUGAUACGCCAGUUGGAGUUUUAGUGUCUUUGAGCCGAGUCGUGAGGGACUGUUCCAUUGUGAUAGCCGGGCGGACUUUUGUGUUUGACCUUAUCCUCCUGGAGAUGACUAGCUUUGAUGUCAUUCUCGGGAUGGAUUGAUUAGCUUCUUUUCAUGCCACGAUCGACUGUUUCAGAGGAAGGGUUACAGUUUGUACUCCCGAGGGAGACUGUUUCUUUUUCGUGGGAGAUCGAAGUGAUUCCCACAUUUCAUCGUUUUAUGGAAUUCGUGGACAGAGUCGUGGUGAUUACUUUUUGGCUAGUCUUAUAGCCGAAGAGGAUGAUGUUGUGGAAGAAUAUUAUCCUGCAGUUGUUCGUGAUUUUCUGGAUGUGUUUCCGGAGGAUUUGACAGAAUUGCCUCUACAUCGAGAAGUGGAGUUCUCUAUUGAGUUAAUGCCAGGUACCGCGCCGAUUUCUAUGGCACCGUAUCAUAUGGCACCAGUUGAAUUGGAGGAAUUAAAAAGACAGCUUGAUGAUUUGAGGAUGAAAGGUUUCGUCCGACCGAGUGUGUCACCAUGGGGCGCACCGGUCUUGUUUGCUAAGAAGAAAGAUGGUUCUUUAAGAUUGUGCAUCAAUUAUCGGAAAUUGAAUCGCGCCACCAUCAAGAACAAUUAUCCUUUGCCAAGGAUAGAUGAUUUAUUUGAUCAGUUGAGGGGAGCCAGUUGUUUCUACAAGAUUGACUUGAGAUCUGGCUAUUAUCAGUUGCGGGUUAGGGAUGAGGAUAUCGCAAAGACAGCAUUCCGUACACGGUAUGGACACUAUGAGUUCCUUGUUAUGCCUUUUGGCUUGACUAAUGCUCCAACGGCAUUCAUAGACUUAAUGAACCGCGUCUUUCACGAUUACUUGGACCAGUUUGUGGUAGUUUUCGUGGAUGACAUUCUUGUGUAUUCACGAUCUCGGGAGGAACACGAGAUCCAUUUAAGUAUUGUUUUACAGAUUUUGCGGGAGCACCGGUUAUAUGCCAAAUAUGAGAAAUGUAAGUUUUCGCUACAAGAGGUGAAGUUUUUGGGACAUGUUGUUUCAAAAGGCGGAGUGUCAGUUGAUCCAUCAAAGAUUGAAGCUGUUUUGAAUUAGGAGCAACCCAAGAAUGUGUUUGAGAUCUGUAGUUUUCUUGGUCUAGCGGGUUACUACCGGAGAUUUGUGAAAGAUUUCUCCCGUUUGGCAGCGUCUAUAACCCGUUUAACCCGAAAAGGGAUUAAGUUUGCAUGGAAUGAAGCCUGUGAGUCAUCUUUCCAGGAAUUGAAGACAAGAUUGACUACGGCUCCAGUGUUGGUGAUACCUGAGCGUGGCUUGGGUUAUGUGAUCUAUUGUGAUGCUUCACGUGAUGGUUUAGGGUGUGUGUUGA